UUUUAUUCUAAAAAUGCCCUCCUAUAUAGUAUCCUCAGCCUUUGAAGGACUUUCAUGCCAAGUUUGUGGUCUACAAGCCCAUGGAAAGCGUUUUGAAGCAGUUUGUUGUCUUCCCUGUGCUGCUUUUUUCAGACGUUACGUCCUUUUGAAUUGUAAACAUAAAUGUCUCCAAGAAAAUAAAUGUGAAAACUUUGGGACUGAACAGAUAAAGAAAUGUAAGGCUUGUCGGUUCCGUAAAUGCUGUAAUAUUGGAAUGAAAUUGUCUAAGGAAGGAAAAAAUACUGAAAAUAAGGAAGAAGUUUUCUUACAAAAAUUUAUUGAGACUUAUGAGGAAUAUAUUACAUCUCAACAAAAAUUGUUUUUUAAUAUUUAUCCAGAAAGAUUAAAUCAAGCCUCACCGUAUUUUAUUCCCGAAAACUUACAAAAAUUACGUUAUUUUGAAAUGAGUUGUAAACCAGCGAUGCUUACAAUGUUUAACAAUUCAUUUAAAGAAUUUGAAGAUUUGGGGAUGCAAAUUAAGGUACCGAAGAUACUAUCAGAAUUAGUAAUAUAUCAAAAUUUCUAGCU